AUGGCAAACUGGGACAGUAACCAGGACGAGUGGGUUUCCUACAAGCGCGGCAACACGCCGCACCUGACGAACAACACCAACAAUAGGAUCGAGUCCAAGUGGGGGAAGAUAAAGGAUGUUAUUAACGACUCCUUCACUGUCGACCAACUCCUGUCUACGCUGAUGACGCUGCAGCACUAUGCCGAAGAGCAGUAUCGCGCAGAAUACCAUCGAGUUGGGAGCCGGCCUUCGCGGGAUUCGGAGGACCGCGAGCUGACGCUGCUGGCUUUGCAGCUGAACACACCAGGACGAGCCACUGUCACGAGCCCAAGGUCUGGAGAAGUGCAUGAAGUCAACACGAGGACGAACUCCUGCAACUGUAUCUUCAUGAAGACCUGCUUGCUACCCUGCCGCAACGUGAUGUACGUCCGGAGCACGUCCAACUUCGAAACAGUACUGCCCCCGAUGCACUGUUCCCUACACGAUGGAUUGUGCAGAGUCCAGAAAACAACAUCGACUGGGGAGAAAUUCCGUGUGGAGGGUUGA